GCGGGAAGCAGAAGUUCCGGCUUGCAGGUUCCGGGCACUGGGAUGAAAGGAGGGAACGCAGGUGAGGAAGCUAGACCGGCAGGUGGAAAAAGAGUGACGUGAACGUAGCCCUAGAACGGUAUAGCAGAGACUGGAGAGAAGGUGAAGACGUUGAAGAACCAGACGGAUAGCUGGCAGAGAAAAAAGUUGUCUACCAUGGAAUCACCAGAGGAGCCUGGAGCAUCCAUGGAUGAGAACUACUUUGUGAACUACACUUUCAAAGAUCGGUCCCACUCUGGCAGAGUGGCUCAGGGCAUCAUGAAACUGUGUCUAGAGGAGGAGCUCUUUGCUGAUGUCACCAUUUCAGUGGAAGGCCGGGAGUUUCAGCUCCACCGGCUGGUCCUUUCAGCUCAGAGCUGCUACUUCCGGUCCAUGUUCACUUCUAACUUGAAGGAAGCCCACAACAGGGUGAUUGUACUGCAAGAUGUCAGUGAGUCUGUUUUCCAGCUCCUGGUUGAUUAUAUCUACCAUGGGACUGUGAAACUUCGAGCUGAUGAGCUACAAGAAAUUUAUGAGGUGUCAGACAUGUAUCAGCUGACAUCCCUCUUUGAGGAAUGUUCUCGGUUUUUGGCCCGCACAGUGCAAGUGGGAAACUGCCUUCAGGUGAUGUGGCUGGCAGAUAGGCAUAGUGAUCCUGAGCUCUACACUGCUGCCAAGCACUGUGCCAAGACACACCUUGCCCAGCUACAGAGCACAGAGGAAUUUCUCCACUUGCCUCAGCAUCUACUCACUGAUAUCAUCUCAGAUGGAGUCCCAUGUUCCCAGAACCCCACAGAAGCAAUAGAAGCCUGGAUCAAUUUUAAUAAAGAAGAAAGGGAGGCUUUUGCAGAGUCACUCAAGACUAGCUUAAAGGAAAUUGGGGAAAAUGUGCACAUUUACCUUAUUGGGAAGGAGUCAUCUCGUACACACUCUCUGGCUGUGUCCUUGCACUGUGCAGAAGAUGACUCCAUCAGUGUAAGUGGACAGAACAGCUUGUGUCACCAGAUCACUGCAGCCUGCAACCAUGGUGGCGACUUGUAUGUGGUGGGUGGAUCCAUCCCACGGCGCAUGUGGAAGUGCAAUAAUGCCACUGUUGACUGGGAGUGGUGUGCACCUUUGCCUCGGGACCGGCUCCAACACACCUUGGUGUCUGUGCCUGGGAAGGAUGCCAUUUAUUCACUGGGUGGCAAGACACUGCAGGAUACCCUCUCGAACGCAGUCAUCUACUACCGGGUAGGUGAUAACGUGUGGACCGAAACAACUCAGCUAGAGGUGGCUGUGUCAGGGGCCGCUGGUGCCAACCUCAAUGGAAUUAUCUACUUACUAGGGGGUGAGGAGAAUGACCUGGACUUCUUUACCAAACCAUCUCGACUUAUCCAGUGUUUUGACACAGAGACAGACAAGUGCCACGUGAAGCCCUACGUGCUGCCUUUUGCAGGUCGCAUGCAUGCAGCUGUACAUAAGGAUCUGGUGUUCAUUGUGGCUGAAGGGGACUCCUUGGUAUGCUACAAUCCCCUGCUAGACAGUUUUACCCGGCUUUGCCUUCCAGAGGCCUGGAGCUCUGCCCCAUCCCUCUGGAAGAUCGCCAGCUGUAAUGGGAGCAUCUAUGUCUUCCGGGACCGAUGUAAGAAAGGGGAUGCCAACACCUACAAGCUUGACCCUGCCACUUCAGCUGUAACUGUCACAAGAGGCAUUAAGGUGCUGCUUACUAAUCUACAGUUUGUGUUGGCAUGAGGUGGUGAUGGGGAGAGUGACUUCUUUGCCCUCUCCUUUUGCACAUAUCCCCAACCAAACUCAAAAUCUCCCAGCCCCAAUUCAGAGUAAUGUGUUAGUUUGGGCACAUAAUAAAGGCAGUGUCUCAGCCUUUCCCUAAACCUAUAGGGUUCUCCUCUUUGGGCUUUUAGACUGCUGCUGCUCAGCUGGCCUCUGGAACUGAGAGGUGACCAGCUUGUGCUCUGCCAAUCCCCUGUGAGCCUGUGCCUCACUUCAGAUUGCUUAGAGCCAGUCUUUUCAGACUUUGGCACAGCUUCCCCUUACCUGAUCAAUGUUAAAUAGAAGCAUUCUGGUUCCAAGGGAGAAGGAAAGAGUGCCCCCCUUUUUUCCCUACAGCCAGUUAAGUGGCUAGUUAAUAAUUUUUCCACAAAUAAUUAAGUGUUAGAGUUUUCCUUCAGGAUUUGGAUGGGACAAAGGACAAAGCUGAAGAUAAUUUUCACCAGCAAGAAUCAACUCUCACUGAGCGUGGUGAUACACGCUUUUAGUCCCAGCACUUGAGAGGCUGAGGAUCACCUUGAGUUCAAGGCCAGCCUGGGCUAUAGAGUGAGUUCCAGGACAGCCUGUGCUAAGGUGUGACCCUGCCUGAAAAGACCAAAACAAAAAACAAAAAACUUGAAUUCAGGAUGCUCUGUUGUUUUCUUCUGUCAGGAAAACAAAUUUUCAUUUUAUUUUUGGCUUACUUGAACAGGUAAGCCAGAAAAUAGAAACAAUUAUUUCUGAUUAAUAGCAGAAACAGUUUUUCAAACUCAAAUAUAUAAAAUAUCUGGUCUUUCAAAAGCUCUAAAUUAAAUCAAGAGCUAGGAAUUGUUCAUAUAAAUAAAUGUUUUUUGAAAA